UGACCGGUCCAACUGUAACAACUACAGGGGGAUUUCGCUACUAUCUCAUGAAGGCAAGGUCCCCAUCAAUAUCAUCACCAACCGUCUAAGCGCCUUCUGCGAAGCCAACAACAUCCUCCCGGAGGAACAGUGCGGAUUUCGACCCGGGCGAUCCACCGUCGACAUGCUGUUCGUCGUGCUCCGCCUCCAGGAGCUGGAGCGGAGAAAGAAAAUACCGCUCUACAUGUGCUUCGUCGACUUGAAGAAGGCGUAUGAUCCGGUGGACCGAGUGAUGCUGUGGAAGGUGUUGGCCAGGACCGGGAUUCCCACGAAGUUGAUCGAAGUUAUCCGCCAAUUCCACGAUGGGAUGCGGGCCCGGGUGCGCAUGGACGACGGAGAACUAUCGGACUGGUUCUCCGUGACACAGGGCGUGCGACAAGGAUGUGUGCUAUCCCCACUGCUGUUCAACAUUUCUUCGUCGAGGUCCUCGAGGUCGUUGUCAUCCGAUUCAGCGAGGAUGGUGUUCUUCUUCGGAGCCUGGUGUGCUUGGAGGAAGGGAAAACGGAAGCGGGGGGGGGGAAGGAGACACCCCUUGACCGAGUACAGAGGGCAGUAUGGGGGAUGCUAUAUGCCAAUGAUGCCAGCGUCGUAUCGAGGUCCGCAGAAGGACUGGCGAGGAUGAUGACCAUCAUCGUCGAGGUGUUCGGGGAGUUCGGGCUGACAGUGUCGGAGAAGAAGGCGGAGACGCUCCUGAUGCGCGCGAAGGACAAGCCGACUACAACAUCACAGCCCCCCCCGCCUCCACCGCUGACCAUCGAAGCCGCGGGGCAGAAAUACGCCCAGACGACCGAGUUCCGGUACCUCGGUGGCCUCGUCAACGAAUAUGGCGACCUCACCCGGGAGAUCAACUACAGGAGCAGAGGAGCGUGGGCGUGCCUCAGGCGAUAUGGCCGGGAGCUCUUCGACAGACCG